CCCACAAAUGACUGUGUGUCUUGACAGGCUGGCUAGUCCAGGGUUGGUGUGUGUGUGUGUGUGUGUGUGUGUGUGUGUGUAGCAUCCCCGUAGCCUGGCAACUCCAUAGCUGCACAGCUGACAGGAGGGGCAUAGCCUUUCCCCCCGAGCGGCUGCCAGGAAGAAAUGCCGAAAGCAUGGAGCAGCCACUUCUCUGGGCGGGUCUGCCUCGCUGUCUCUGUGAGUGGGUUUUGGAAAUGGGCAUGAAACCGUGGUUAUAACUGGGUCAGCAGUUGGGUGUAAUGCUUCGAUGGCAAAGCCGCAGUUGUCGGUGGUGAAGCUUUGAGAAAGCCAAAGCUGCAAUUGGAGUCUGGCAGGGCAAAACAGAGUUCGCAGUUACGACCUUGGCCAGCUAUAACUGCGGUUAAAGUGUACAUGUGAACCAGGCCUUAAAGUUACCUCAUCUGUAUUUCAGCUGCAGGAUAUAUUGAACCGUGUGGCCAUCUUGAUUUUUACCCAAAUGGAGGGAAAAUAAUGCAUGGCUGCAAACAAUUCCUGGCACCUAAACAUUGGGAUAUCAAUCAAGUUAUGAGAGACAUGACUUUAGGAUGUUCACACAAACGAAGCGUGCUGUAUUAUUCUAACAGUGUUUUAAUCCCAGAUGGAUUUCUCGGCUACCGAUGCAAUUCAUACGACUCCUUUCUGUCAGGUAAAUGCUUCCCAUGUCCCAAGGAGACCUGUCCAAUGAUGGGCCACUAUGCUGAUAGGUUUCCAGGUAAAACUACAGAGGUGCACCAAGUGUAUUAUUUAAACACAGAAGCUUUCCAGCCAUUUGCUUGUUGGAGGGAAUAUGUAUCUGUGAAAUUGUCUGGAACACAAAAAAUGUGGGGAAAUAUAUACGUAGCCUUGAUUGGAAGUAAUGAGCACAGAAGGCAGUACCCAGUUGCCAAUGGAUUGUUUUCCCCAACAAGUACAUAUGCAAAAAUUAUUGAUGUAUCUAUUCCUGGAAAUAUUACGGCUGUUGAAUUUCAGUGGAAAAAGGAUCCAGCUUGGAAAAGGACUGGCUUAAUAGGAGCACAGGAAGUCACCAUACUAUAUGGAACAAAUGGUCAUAAAUCUGUAUUUUGUGGCAGUCAAGUUGUCCAGCCUGAGGUAUGGCAAAAACUUACACUUUGCUAAAACACACAUGAAAGCAUUUGCAUUUGUGCAAACUGUCAUCUGAGAAUAUAGAAUAAAUUAAUUUUCUAUUGUCA